AUGGGUUUCUUCGACAAUUUACCUGAUAAUGUUCUUUUUCACAUUCUGUCGUUCCUCUCCACUAAAGACGCAGCUCGAACCUCCGUCCUUUCCCCGAGGUGGAGGUAUCUUUUUGUCUCAUCAAUAUCUGAGCUUGAUUUCAAGCGUUGCGUCAUGAUUUUCAAAAAAGAUGACAGUUUCCCGAAUUUUGUCGAUAGAUUCUUUUCUAGCCCCAAGCUGUUGCCCUGUCUAGAAGAUUUGGAAUUUUAUAUGUGUCGGUUUCGUAAUAUAAGUGAGCUCAAUAUCCAUAGCCUUUUACUUAAGAGAUUGCAUUUAGGUUUUGGAUUGCUGUACGCCGAUUCUCGCAGAGGUUUCAAUGCCAUCAACAUUGAUGCUCCGAAUCUUGUUUAUUUCCAAUAUGCUAACGGAAUGGGUGAAGAAUGUACUUUAAGUGAAAUGAAAUCUCUAGAAAGAGCUGAUAUUCAAAUCACUGUAAUGGAUAACGAGGAUCGUGAACGUGUAGCAAAUUUUCUUCGGGGUGUUUGCAAUGUAAAGUCUCUUUAUUUAGGCAUUGAAGAUAGCCCUAGAACGUUUUUUCUGGCACCUCUCGAUCCAAUGCUUGCAUUUCACAACCUUGUUGAACUGGAAUUUCGUAAUAAAUUUAACGAUGCAUGGCAAGGAACGUGGAUCGUGGAGCUCCUACGUUGCAUGCCUAAUCUGAAGACCACUAGCCUGGAACUGGCAAGUAAGUCGGGAGGUUUCGGGCCAUUGCCUGCAAUAGUGCCUUCGUGUUUGUUAUUUCGCAUCAAGGAGAUUUAA